GUGUCAAGUGUGUCAAAUAACUUGUGUAUUUUUAAAUUUACACUAUUUUAAUGUUUUUAAAAGAAAAUAAUAAGUAUCUUACUAAAAAACAAAAUAUGUUGAGUAACUUCGCAACUGAAUUUGUAACUGAAUUAUUUUUGGAUGAUAAUGUUUCAACAAUGAACAGGCUUAUAGUUGCCACGGCUAAUGUUGUUAAUGAAAAUUUUGAAAAUGUUACUUGUGUUAACGAUAUUCUUCUUAAAGAAUAUAAUCAAAUUUCACCAUUAGCAUCAGGAAGAUUUGUCAAUAGUUUGCGCGAAGGUAGACAUUUUUAUGAGAAAAUUGUAAAAAAAUUUUCAGAUGACGAAUAUAUUGAAAACUUUAAAAUGAGGAAAGCUACUGUUCAAGCUUUAAUUAUGUUUCUGAAAGAAUAUGUAAAGCCCAGUAGUUCAAUUGUUCCAUUUGAUAAAAAGGUUCAUGUAUUUCUAUGGCUUCUCACCAGCAACUACUCAUUUAAAGAAGCUGGAGAAAAGUUUGGUCUGCACAAAUCUUCUAUCAGUUAUAUAUUCCAUGAAAUUGCUAAUUUAUUAUCAGAACAGAGAUAUCAAUUCAUUAAUUGGCCAUCUUUGGAGGAACAGCAUGUGACUAGAGUAAAAGUUAAUAGCCGAUAUGGAUUUCCCAACUGUGUGGGUUUUAUUGAUGCAUGUAGACUUAAAGUUGGUUCAAAAAGGAAAAUGAAAGAUAAACCAGAAUUUAUUCUUCUCCAAGCAGUUUGUGAUGAAACACUUAUGUUCACUGAUAUUCAUGUAGGAGAAAUUGGUAAUACAAGAAAAGGAAAAGUUUUUAAAGAAAGUCAAUUAGCACUUGAGCUUAAGAACUUUUUAGAUUUGGAUAAUCAUAUCCUUGGUGAUUCAGAUUAUAAGUUAAGAAGAAAUUUAUUAACACCAUUUACAAGCGAUGAACUCUUAACGAGUGAAGAAAUGAAAUUUAAUGAAAUACAUUGGAAAGCCCAUUCAUAUAUUAAUCAAGCUUUUGAAAUUUUACGGGGUAAAUUUAUGAAAUUAAACCAUAUAGAUAUAAGCAAACCGGAAUCUAUCACCACAUUAAUAUAUGCAGCUUGUGUUUUGCAUAAUUUUAUUCUUCUUCAUGAAGGUAGUCCUGUAAAAGAAGAAGCUGUAUCAAAUGAUGAAGGGAUUACAAUUGACACCAAUGUUGUGACCACUGCACUUGAAAAGCGACAAUUUUUAUGUAAUUACAUAAAUUAUAUUCAAAAUUUGCAAUAUUAGUUUUUAAAUAAAAUUUCAUU